GCCCUAUGUUCCCUCAAUGAUCUCCCGCCAUCCUCAAGGCGGAUAUCAGGAAAAAAAAACGAAAAUUAGCGGUCCGACUCUCUCGGCGCCUGUAAUUUGUGCCCAAGCCCAAUGGCGGGCUGUGGCAAGUAAGGUCCAUCAUGCAGCCGCUGGCCGAAAUUCUCGAUUCUGGGAUGGGUAGCCACCAUGUCACAUUCUAUUUGUGUUCCUUACUUUUUUCUUCCCCCAGGUCGUCGCUCUCAGCCAAUACAGGGCUAGCGGCACUGGCGACGGCGGUCCACUCGACACAUUACUGGCACGGUGACCUGCGAGUCCGUGCUGCAUCACUGUAUCACCAGCCGCUAUAUACCCAGUCGUGACCUCCUUUCUGGGUCCCGUCGAACCUGGUUGAUCUUCUCCCUGGUUUCUCUUUGGAUUUCCCCCUCUUCCAGCUGUCACUCUCCGCCAUCGUUGGACGCAAUCCGUGUUUCGCCUUCCCUCUAUGGCUAUCUGGUUGUCGAAUAGGGGAUGAGAGUCCUGCUAUGGUGAGCACGCUUGUCAGCGAAUACCCCACUGGUACGCUUGCACAACAUCACAAUCAUGCAGGAGUCUUUGGCCUUUAGUAUAUAUCACUAUUAUCCUCGUCGUCUUCGCUUCCUUUAUGCUUUUCAAGCCACUGCUUUGCUUUUUCCACUCAUUGCUGUUGUCGUUGACGCCGACCCUAUCUUGACACGGCUGUCAACCGCACAUACGCCACCACAUAUCAGCUCGAUACUCAGCCCUCGCCGGCCACAGGAGUCAGAGGACGAGAGCUCUCCAAAACCCCUCUUCCCCGGAUACGCUGGUCCGGAUCCUAAGCCUUCGCCUUAUCUCCCGGCUCAGAUUGGGGGUAUUGUCGGGGCUUACGCCGUCACUCUCGUUAUAGUUGCCAUCCUUUUGCUUUCGCUUUCCAGUGUGCGGAAGAAGAGGUUAAAGGCCGCAGAGGAGCUCAACGAUAUCGAAGACGGAGAGCUCCAGUACCCCACGUUUCAAGAAGUAAUUCCUCAAAACAACCCAGGAGGCUUCCCGCCACAUCCGUCUGGCCCUUAUCCUCUAACGAUAGACACUUCAAAUCGGUACUAUCCUCCCUCGCAACCGCAAAGUCCCCGCAACUUUUCUUACCCAAACAACAAUAGUCCCUCCAGGACUGAGCAUUCGACAAACUACAUCCCAUCACCUGUUUCAACAAUCCUCGCACCUGGUGUUGAUUUAUCCGUAGACCAGAGCGUGGUUGCAACCGACAGGCAAAUGGCGCAACAACAGCUUGAGGAUAUGUACAAGCUCGUCAUGGAGCAGGAGGCGGCUAAGGAGGCCGGUGUUGUUCUCGACUCGCCCGUUGUCCCUGGGGCGCGGCAGUCUCAGCAGCAACAACCCGAAUCGACGAAAGCGUCAACAUCGACCCUGGCCAAGAAAGAGAAACGGGGCAAGCCGGCGAAUUUGGAUCUUGGGUUUACGCAUGAAAAGAAAGAGUCCAAGGCUUCGUCAUUCUUCGCCUCUCUCAAGUCGCCCCGUAAGAAGAAGGUCCAGGGCAUAAAUAUCUCUUCGCCCAUCAUGACACCCAUGUCGGGAACUUUCCCCCGGGGUCCCGAGGGACAAGAGAUGAGCACGAUUCCACCGAGGCAGUAUGCGCCAGCAGCACCGCCUCCCAUCCCCCACUAUCAAUACCAUCACUCGAACGGCAGCAACAGCUCGAUCGGCAACGUGCCUCGGCGCGCAGCCACCAUGCCCUUGACACCUGAGAUGUCGCCACAGAGCACGCAAAGCAUCGAUGGUAGAAUUGGUGCACAGCUUAUGAGCAACCCAAAACCAUACCGAGAGCAACAGGAGCAGAUGGAGCUUCACCUACAGCAUCAAUACCGACAACAGAGCAUCUCCUCGCAGAGACAGCUUGAUCCCUACGGGCCCCGGCAUCCUGGCGACCACUCUCGCAACGUAUCAAGCUCCACAAGCGAGGCUGACCCUGUGUCGGCAGCAUCGGAUAAGUCAACUACACCUCUCGUUGGCCUGGGCCUUCCACUCUCGCCCAAACCCAAUGUAACGCGUUUUCCGGCAGACUCGCUCCGCUCCUUGCCCUCAUCUCCAAGGCCUGGCGCAAGCUUCUCCCUCCCACUGUCCCCCAAGCCUGGAGCCAGUUUCUCACGCUCCAAUGUGCCCUCGGCCGUCCGUACUGGAGGCGCUCUGCCGCUGCGUGCUUAUGAGCCUGCUCUGCAGUCGCCCAAUGCCAUUGCUCGCACGACCAAGGAAACAACAUUUGAGAGAACGGGUCCCAUGUCGCCCGGCGGCGGGCCACUCACUGGUGCGGCCGUGCCCUACUCUCCAUACCAGCCAUUCUCGCCAGUGAUUCCCAUGACGCCCAGCCUGGUGACAAGAGAAGACCGGAGGCGGAUGAGGAGACUAGAGCCCAAGACUCCGACAUUGGAGAUGGUCAAGAAUGCUGAAGAUAUUUGGUGAUCGUUCGGACGACAAAUGACAGACGGGGAAUAAUAAGAUGGGGAAAUGGAGAAUAAAGAAGAAAGAAGAAGAAGAAAAAAGCCGAACAAAAACAAAACAAAAAAAAAUAAGCUCAUCACUAAUGACCUAGAUUCGAGGAGAUCGCUUGGUCUCCCGUAUUCCCACUGGGGCUUCUCUUUUUGAUUAGGUAUGGCUCUUAUUGGGGGCUGCUGAAGACAUGCCCGGGGACCACGGAGUGGUCGACUAGACGAAUGAUAUCCAGCCGUGUGCAGAUUUGCUCCGGCAUGACCAACGACUUCAUACUUUGUUUUAAGUUGUGGCUUUAUGUUUGUAUAUACUUAGAUCCAUGCACAUUCUCUUCACUAUUCAGGUCGCCGAUAUCAUUUGAAGUCGCCGAUACCUCCGUGAUCUGAUCAUAUGCUUGGCCAUCAAUCCUGUAUUGAGUCGUCGCAACAAUGUUGAGUAUAUAGUUCCCGACGGUUAAUAAUAAGACCGUCUGAUUAUCCUUUUGCAAAUCCCUAGUCC